AUCUUGUCCUGGCUUGGUUCGUCCUGUGUUUGUUGUAUCAAUUUGUAUGUCAAUUAUCAAUUAACCCUCGUUUAAUGAUGGCCUGUUGAUUAUUAAAAAGCAGUGCUCGGUACUGAUACUAUCGAUGUGCACUUGGAAGUUUGUGUAAAUCAUGGCUGCUGGCGGCGAGGAUCUGUGGCGCGAGUGCGCGUCCUGGCUGACGAGAUGUGGCUUGCUACGUCCCGACCAUAAGGCGAACUGGGAAACGAGUUCAAUCCAUGACCUGGCGUACACCCUGCGGGAUGGCGUGCUGCUGUGCAACCUGCUCAACGUGCUGCACCCGGGCUGCAUCGACAUGAAGGACGUCAACCAGCGGCCUCAGAUGGCGCAGUUCUUAUGCAUGAGAAACAUCAAAGUGUUCCUACGAACAUGCCACGAAGUCUUCGAGCUUCGGGAGACGGAUCUCUUCGAUCCGUCCAUGCUGUUCGACCUCUCCAACUUCCACCGGGUUCUGUGCACGCUGGCCAAACUCAGCCAGUGCCCCAAGGCGGUGGCGAAAAAUAUCAAGCCAUUCUCAGCACUUAGAACGCAAUCAGAAGAGGACAUAUACAAAGACCUGCAAUCAGUUAGCGCCAGUGUGACCUUGGCGCCUCCCCCGUACUCCAGCGUGAUAGAGGAAUGCCCCGGGCACCCGGCCGCGGCCGAAGUCCCGUGGGUGCAGUUCACGAUACCCUCCGCCACCUGCGAGGACCGAGUCGAGGAGAUUUAUGAGGACCUCUGUUACGUCAAGUUUACCUCAGCAACGCCAGAGCUAGCAACAUCGUCACAUAGUUUAGAAAAGAGGGAUUACGUUAUACGGGAACUUGUGGAUACGGAAAACAACUAUGUGGAUGUUCUGAGCAAAAUCAUCAAAUACUUCCUGAGGCCGCUGAUGCCGUAUCUCAAGCCUCAGGACAUGCAAGUCAUAUUCUUUGGUAUUAAGGAACUCCACGAGACUCACACAGGUCUCCUCCGACAACUAAAGCUGGCAACCGAAGCGUGCGUCCCCGGCAACGGGGCUCCGCGCCUCGCCGACGUAUUCCUCGCGUGGCGGGAGCGACUCCUACUGUAUGGCGAUUAUUGCUCCAACCUUACUAACGCACAGGAUACCUUGAAGACCUUAGAUGCAAGAGAUUCUACGUUCAAUAAGCAGUUAGCUAAAUGUCAGAAAGAACACAGCGACGGGCGGAUACAGCUGCGCGACAUACUGUCGGUGCCGAUGCAGAGGGUGCUCAAGUACCAUCUGCUGUUGGACAAACUCGUGCAUGAGACGCAACCGAAUCAUGAGGAGUUCCGAGGGUUGGAGCGAGCGAAGGAGGCGAUGGUGGAUGUCGCGCAGUACAUCAAUGAAGUCAAAAGAGACAGCGAGGUGCUCGCGCUACUCGCUAAAGUACAGGAGAGUAUAAUAGACUGGGAGGGCGGCGCCCUAGGCGCGGGGGGCGCAGGCCUAGCGGCUUACGGUCGGUUACUGCUAGAUGGAGAGCUGAAGGUCAAAGCUCAUGAGGAUCAGAAGCUGAGGUCAAGAUACGUGUUCGUGUUCGAUAAGCUCAUGCUGCUCUGCAAACCUGUCAAGCUCCUCUCCUCCCAGGACAACCAGUACUCGUACCGCGUCGGGGUCCGCCUCGCCGAGUACCGCGUAGAAGAAGGUUGCGGCCGCCGAGCUCUACGGGGCGACGCGCGAUGGACCUCGCACUUCUACCUCGUCAGGAGGACCAAGGACGCCACCUUCACGCUGUAUGCAAGGACUGAUGAUGCUAAAAGAAAGUGGGUCAAGGCCAUCAAGGAUGCAAUUGACAAUCUGGAGCCUCCCGGAUGUCGGAGUACGAAUCAUAAGUUCGUGCUGCAUACGUUCGAAAAGCCCGCGACGUGCCACCACUGCUCCAAGUUCCUCAAAGGCAGAAUAUUCCAGGGUUACCUCUGCACGGUAUGCAAUGCUUGUGCCCACAAGGAGUGCAUCGCGUUAUCAGGGCGCUGCGGCGGCGGCCUGGCGCCCGCGCCGCCGCUGCCGCCCCACCAGCACCAGCCCGACCAGGCGCUGCAUUAUUAUAUGUGGUACGUAGGCGAGAUGGGUCGCGAGACGGCGACGGCGCGACUGGAGCGGCGCGUGGACGGCACGUUCCUGCUGCGCGUGCGGCCAGCCGCCGCGCAUCACCACGCGCCCACCGACACCAACCUCGCGCUCUCGCUCAAAACGGACAACACAGUGAAGCACAUGCGCGUAUGCCGCAAGCCCAUCGACCAGGUGCAGCACUACUACCUGUCCGAGUCGCGCUUCUUCCGCAGCGUCGUCGAGCUCAUCACCUACUACGAGAAGACCAGCCUCUCGGAGAACUUUGAGGGCUUAAACUCGAACCUGCGCUGGCCAUUCCGGCGGGUAGUGGCGACAGUGAUCCACGACUUCCGUCCGCUGGAGAGCUCGCAGCUGGCGCUCAGACCGGGCGCCAAGGUGCUCGUGCUCAGCAAGGAGGGGGACAGCAGGGGCUGGUGGAAGGGACGGACGCUUGAUAAGGGAGACAACCGCUCAGGCUACUUCCCAAAGGAAUGCGUACGCGAGGAACCAGAAUGCAUCGGUGCGCUUGACUGAUGUCAGCUCUGCCUCGCCGAGCGCGAGCUGCACUUCUCCUCGCCCCGCCCGCCCAGCCCCGACCAUGACGACACCGCUGACCUCGUGUAGGGAACCGAGGAACGAAGGUACUCCCAUACAGGUCAAAAAGGGACGAGAAAAUUGGUCUGAGGUACACAAAUAGAGGUCAACAAGGGACGAGAAAGUUGGUCCCAUAUCGCCGCAAUGGACUUACAAGACAUUCUUAACCUAUAAGAGUGUUUUUUCCUUCUAAGUGUACGAGAGGAGAUAAGACUAGAUGUUAGAUUAUGUGUAACCGAAGAUGGUGACUGUUUACCUAAUAAGCAACAAGUUAUUCAUAGAAUAAUGAGUGUUAUAUUGACGUACAGAGUGACGUUGACGGACGCAGUUCUAUUUUCAUAUCGAUGUUCAAUUUCGAUAAAUGUAGGUAAUAAGGUUGUAUGGGUAGCAACGAAUUCCCGAUAGUUUCGGGGAUUGUAAAAAUAGUGACAUAUAAAAUGCAUAUAUGUCUAGAAAUCUGUAAAUAAGAGGAGUGUGUAAAAUGAGUGUUUAUGAUGGUCCUUUUACCCCCAAAAAAGGGGGGAAACGGCUCGACUGCGGAUGUACUAGCUAUAAUAUUCAAUACAAAUAACGAAUACAAUAAUUAAAUGAUUAAAAGAGUAUCCUUACAUAUGUGCAUCUAUAUAUUUAAAAGAAAAUAUUAUAGUAAAUGGAAAAAAUAUUUCUUUAAAAAUAGAUCACAUUAUAUUUUGCUCCGCAGAUGAAUAUAUUAGCUAAAUUAAUAGAAUAUAUACCAGUUGCUUAUUUUUAAUGUCGAGUAAAUAUAUUGAAAGUGGCGUAUUUCCGCGUAUAUUUGGCAUUCGUAGUUCUAAAGAUAUGUAUAUUAGCCACUAAAAAUACGGAUUCACUUUUGUGAAUUAUUUUAUUUACAUGUAAGUAGGGAUGUACACGACAAUUUCAUAUUAUAAUGUGGGAAUGCACUGAGAUAACCAAUUGUCGAUGAAUAUUCAACACGAAACGGUGUGUUAUGGUUUCGUUCAUAAUAAACGAGAGGACUUAUGUAUUCGAUACAUAAUACAAUCGAUUUAUUUCAAAUUGUCUGCUCAAUUAAAUCGAUAAGUCCUCCUCAAAUUAUUGAGCUCAUUAUACUAGUUUUCUCAUCGCAUUCUCGCAUUACAAUAAAAUAUUAUUUUAGCGUAUAAAUAAAUAAAUAAAAAACUUUUAUUCGAGACAAAACGUCUAGUCGUGCGAAUGGUUUACGGAGCAAUCUCACUUCGAUGUUAAGAUAAAUAUGUGUAAAAUAAAAAAUAAAUAAAUGUGCAUAUAUAAAUGUAAUUGUGUAUAAAAAAAUAUAUUGAUGGAGUUAGUAUAAAAAAAAAACAAUGGAAAAUAAAUGUUGUUCAUCUAUUGACUGAUCGCAUCGAGCAGUCUUAAAUAUAAAUAUAAGAUAAAAGUAUAAAAGGUAUGUUAGUAAAAAUCUGGAUGAGCUGAACACUGCUCGCGACCGGUCGCGCCAUCCAGUUUUCAUGUAUUUGUAGGAACACGAUGUUUACAUUUUACAGUAAAAUCGUUUGUAGUGGCUAGCGUGGUCUAACCAAUAUAAUCGUAACGAAAGUAAGCGAUUUUCGAACCAAAUGACAUCUUGAAAUGAACGUUGUAUAAGGUUUGGUAGGAGAGAUAAUCUCAGCCGAUUUUUCGUAGGACGUUCUUACAAGGUCCGACUAUCUGUAGGACGUAUUUGUACGUUGCACUAUUGCUAUCGCUGUGUUUUAAUUUUCUCCUACAAAAAAACGGUCACCUAUUAUCUGAGGUAGGCGGGCUUUAAUCAAGAAAAUUGACAGCAAAACUAUUUACAAAAUAGCUUGAAUUUCGAACACGUUGUUAUUGGUUGAUGCUAGCCACAGAGUAUAAAGUUCGGAGUAAGACCUCGCUCUCUGCAGUCGGCGCUCGGCUAAGUUUGAUGGUGCGUAUCGAUGCUUUAAUGUAGUUAUAUGUAGAUAUGCUGGGUAGCGUGUGCAUUUCAAUGUGGGCUCAAUUGAAAUAGGGGUCGUUUGUAACAAAGAUUGUCGUUAAAAUUAAUUUCAUUGUACAUAAUCAGAUCCUAUUGUAUUUAUAAUCAGCUCAAAGUUGCUCAAGCAUGUUAUCAACUAAUUUGAUGGCCAUUAAAUACUCAUAUAACAUUUUAAAGGUACAAAAGCGAGCAUACCAAGCUACUCCAAUCUGUAAAGCUUUCCCAGUCAACAUUGAACCAUAUACUUUAGAAAUAAAGUUGAAAAUCUGUAAAAUCUAUGCGACAUAUUUUGGUAGCUUAAUAUGUUGGCAUCUAUACAUACUUACUGCAUACUUUCAAGCUAUGUUGCUAUAUACUUUUGUGUCAUUUAAAAAUCGACUUUAAAUGGACCAUUGUAUGCAUUGAAUUUUCAUCAAAACUAUUGCCCCAUAGAGCUCACAUUUUAAUGCACACCCUGGAUUGUUGUUAAAAUUCAUGUCAUCUGUCAUGUUCGUGUAGCGUUGAAUUUGUAUCACUUAACCGACCGUGUUAUAUUGAACCGUACCCACUUCGUAUUAAUAUUUGUGUUAAGGCUGAUUUUACCAUUUAAAACCAACUUUAAAAAAAGUUAUGUAAGUCCUAAAAAUUUGUGUUAUUACAAAAUCGGCCAAGUGCGAGUUGGACUCGUGCUCGAAGGGUCACAUACCUUAUCUAUAUUAAACGUCCAAAAAUCGCAUUUGUAUGAGUCCCAUUUUACUCUCUGGGUGUGGAGCCUAAAAAGUAGUAAGCUUGAAUAAUUUAAAUGGUGAAAUCAGCCCGAUUCUCUGUCAUGUAAAAUGUUAACUUGCACUACCCACCAUACGGAAAGUAAUGCUCAACCUGUGUAUUAAAUAAAUAAAUAAACAUUUCUAUAUUAGUUGUACUCUACGUGUGUUCGAAUAUAAGACUUAAUAUUUCAAUUACUGUCACUCUAAUCGCCAUCAUUCUAUGUGCAAUAAAUAGCAAUCUUAUUUUCAUAGUCAUUCUCUCAUCUGACAUUUCGACAAAAAAUGUUGUAAAUAUGAUACUAGGAACUCUGUUGUGACACUAACAAACGAUUCAAUAGAAAGAAAGAAUAAGAGAUGACUAUUAGUGUUGUGUAAGGAUAUCUCUUACUAUCGAUAUUUUGAUCAUUUUAUCGACUCAUCAUUAUGUAGCUAGGUUGAAAUCUAUCGAAUUCUUGUAACGCACACAAGUAAAGUUUUAACUUAUACGACGACAUACAAUCGUUUCAAACUUAAACAUUUUAGUAUCUAAAUGUUCUCAAUGUCGGCCAUUUUCUUCGUGUCAAUGUCUAGACUUUAUUUCUACACGUUAGUGAGAUGGAGUGCCAAACUCAUUUUUAACUAAUACAAUCUUGUUGGCAAGGAGAAUACCCCAAUAAUUUCUCAAUUUUUAAGUCCCGGUAACAUGACGUGAUCCAUGAACCGCAAGUCCUUGAAAUAUAUAAUACAAGCUUCCACUAGCGGUUUAACCUGUCCCAUGGGAGAUACUUCGCCUUGCAAUAGAUCGUCUAUCUAACACAGAAAAACAUUUUUAAAUAGGACCAGUAGUUCCUGAGACAAGAGCGUUCACACUUUUCAGCUUUUUAAAUCCAUUAACUUUAUACAUUCUUUCACCUAUCAGCUUUUAUUUCAAUAAAUCAUUAUGCCAAUAACAUAUAAUACCUCAGUGUCGCCGUUGUCUACAUUCCAAUAUAUAGUAUUAUUUUUCUCUUUAUUACUAAACAAUUUGAGCAGUUUUAGAACAUUCUUCAACAAGAUGACAAUUCAACGAAAUACUUACAUUGCGUUUCUCCAGUUGACGUGCAAAAGGCAAGCAUAAAAAUAAUCUAACAAACAUAAAAAUGUAUUAACGUAGAUCCAUAUUGUCAGAAACCAUCCAAGCACGUUAUCCAACGAUUGUUUUCUUAGAUAAAUUCACUUCUAAUAGUUGUUAUUUUACAAAUUGUCAAGAUCACAGUAUGCCAUAUUAUUUUUUGUCUUCCAAUCUAUCUAGUUUAUUUUUAUUUAAGCUUAUUUCGAAUACAGGGUGUUUUGUUUAUCCAGGCAGUUUGAAUAUCAAAUAUGUUAUCAGUAUAAUCGCUAUAAAAAAUAUUUUAGUUAAAGGUUUUAAAAAAACGUUCAUUUAGCUAUCUAUUGUAGUCAAUCCAUGAUACUUCCAAAAAGUCAUCCACAUAUCACGAACAUUACAAAUUAAUAUUAAAAAAAUAAUUCGAGCUUUACUUUUUAACAAAACGACAAAAUCAUAAAAAGAUACAAAUAAUAAGAAAUUAAGAAUAAACAAGCAAGUUUUAUUCCCCCGUUUAAACCUCCAAAAAGUUACUGUCUUUAUCUAAAGAUAUAAUUAGGUGAAAAUCAAUACUAGCCGUUUUCUAUAAAUUAAAAUAAUAAUAUCAUCGUCAUUUUCCAAGAAUUCAGAUAGGCACAGUGAGCUCUCUGCCUUUGAUCAUGCUUCUUUCAUAAAAUUCUAGCUCACAUGAAUCCACGAACGAUUUUAUUCAAUACAUAUUAUAUGACGGUUCAUCACGUCUUGACACUCUCUCUCUUCCUUAAUUCACUAGUAAGACUGUAAAAAAUUCUCAAAAAAAAACAAUCAUUUUAAUCUUUACAUUUCCAUAGAUUUCUUACGACUUCAAUGUAAAUAUUGUUAAUUUAUUGUUGUAAUUAAUGUAAUUAGUAGUUUAGUGUGUAAUGUAAGCGCCGUGCACAAUGAAUGUUAUCCUUCCACGUUCUAGUAAGUAAAUGAAUAAGUACAUGUUUAAAUAAACGCGUAUUAAACAAAGCGUGGAAGUGGCAAUGUUUAAGUUUACAUUAUGUAGGUGCUGCCUCGUUUUUUAAAGCAGAAAGCUCUAUUUGAGCCAUUCCCUUAGGUAUAAAUAACAGAGGGGUGAGGUCACUAUAUUUUUGCCCUUUAUUGUUUGUACCCAAGGGAUAUUUUAUUACUUUAAGGUACAUCAGUACGCAUUUUUACACUAUACUGUGUUUGUAUAGGUGACAACUUAAUUGGCUUAGUUAUCAUUUCAUUUAUGUUGACAUUAAUUGAUGUAAAAUAUACGAUACUUUCUUGUAAAUAAAUUACAUAUGUAUAUUGUAUGUAUUUCCUUAUACAUGUGAGCCACUUCCAACUUGUCAUAAUAAAUUAUAUAAAUGUAAAUUUUAAAUGGAUUUAAAUGUUACUUAUAAACACUAGUGCCACUGAAUAAAUGAAAUUUUAAAAUAUAUGCUUAAAUAUUAUAUUAAUCCUCAUAAUAAUCACGAUGUAAACACUGCUUUAUGAAGAAGUUGUGAACAAAAAGAUAUAUCUAUUGAAAAAAAAAGAUCUUGUCCGUGGUGACAGGGUGCAGUUGUUAUGUGAAAAGAAUAUAUUAUAAAUAUGAUAUAUGAAGAGUAUAUGAGACAUAGUAAAAAUAUGGUUGUUGUAAAGUAAUAGAUAUAUAUUUUUUGUAUUUAGUUGGCGAGCCCGGGGCGGCGUGACGGGCAAGUCACGGUGGCAGUGUGAUAUAGGUCGAUAUAGACACAUUAUUUGCAUUUUAUUGUUUUAUUAAGAAGAUGGUUGGGCACUGUAUCGUUUAAUCAACAGUUUCCACAACUCCACGAUUAAAUAUAAUAUUUAAUAGUAUCAGUUCUGUAUAAAUAAUUUACGCAAUAAUGUAAGCUACAGUAAACUCCUAACUGCUCCUAACGGUCGCUUAGUUUAUGAUUCGUGCCAAAAUAAUUUAAAUUGUGUAUAAAGAGCAAGCAAAACAUGAUCUCUGUAAUAUUACGAUGUUUAUCGACAGUUACAUGCAAUAUAUCUUAAUACGUUAUUCACUAGAAUAUAACCAUUUACUAAUGCAAGAAAUAAGUAUACAACAAAAUAGUUCAGUCACAUAUUAUUAAGUUGUAUGAACAAACUAUUGUUUCUCUAAAAUAAUUUAGCUAUUUGCAAUUUUAUUCUUAGUACAAACUGUAUUUUCGUAGACUGUAUGAAUUUAUUUGAAAUUGAGCACUUUUGUUUUGUAAGCACAAGAAUUUUAUGGUAGACAAAUGUCUUAUGCGUGUCGAAAUUUAAUACGUGCAAUGGUAAUCUUAGUUGCGCUGUAUAUAUUUUAAUCCACAAACAAUGCAAAAUAUGCCGUACAUAGAAAGGCUGUUGCCACUCAGCGUAUAUAAAGAUUACCAAUGCAUCUAUUUCUCUAAUGCAAUGCAAUCAAUUAGGCAACAUUAUUAUUUAAUGAAUUAUAGUAUAUAAUAGCGAAUUUCUGUUAAAUGUCUGCAUGCGUGGAAUGUUGGUGCUAACAAAUUGAUUUUGUGUUCAUUUGAUUACGUUCCCAGUGGGUGCGCCCGCGUCGGUUGCGUUAGAAUAAAUUGUAUUUUGAUAUUAUUUAUGUUCAUGUUUGUAAAUAUACAGAAACGGCAUAUCCAUUGUUCUGUAGUUAGGUAAGCCACUCCACUAAUAAAUACACUGUUGGAGAAAU